GUCACGUGGGGCGAAGCUUUGCUGGCCGAAGCGGCAACGCAUCCUCGCUAUUGGGAGGUCGCUGUUUUCAAGGCCGCCAAGGAGCCGCAUCCCGGGACGGAGGAGUGCAUUCUCCGCGCCAAGUCGCCACCGCUGGCAGUGAAAGCGCUCGAGCGGUACACACAGUACGUCUUCCGAGCGCCUGCAGCAAAGGAGUGCGUUUCUGCAUGUGCAGUGCAAGCGACGGGCCUCAACUUUCCGAGCUUUCAAGCAGAGCAGGCGGCUUAA